AUGCCUGCGGAUCCCACUGCUUUCUACGCAUCUUCGCAUGCCUCAGCCUCAUCGUCUUCGCUGGUCGACCAGUUGAGCGAUCACGAGUCGUAUUCCAGCUCCUUUGAGCCAUCCAGAGACGGCAGCUUCAGCGGUGCCUCGUCAGGUCGAUCCGGUCCAGGUCCCUCCUCUUCCUCUCAGGGCUUCCUCUGUCCCAACUGCGGCAAGACGUUCGCGCGCGAUGAUCUGCUACGACGCCACCUCGCAAGAGAGGCAAGAGCCCUCGCUCAGCCCUCGUUCGAUCGACAAAAGAGCUGCUACGAGUGCGCCAGGUCCAAGGCAAGAUGCGAUCUCGAGGUUCCCACCUGCGGUCGAUGCCGUGCCCGAGGAAAGCAGUGCCAAUACGCUCCUAGGUCUGGAAAUCCCAAUGUUCGAAAAGCACGCAACACGGUCGCCACGCCCGGAAUGGACACUCAGAUGCAGGGCAUGACGCCCCAGAUGGCCACUCCCAUGGCCUCCACCCUGCCUGAUCAACACUGGUCCAUGGCCAACCCUGGCUUCCACAUGGCUCCCAACGUCUUCAUGGCUCCCAACCCAGGCUACGUCAAGAGGGAAGGCGAGCCCGACUACGACAGUCAGAGCGAGGGGGAGGCCCAGUCGUGGCACGAUCCAGGCUCGUCCGCCUCUGGGUCCGCCUUUGGCUCUCCUCGAUCGCAACACAGCACAGCAGAGCACCCCGACUCUGCACCUCCCAACCUGACCCACUUUUCCAUCUCAGGCCACCCGUUCCCCAGCAACACUCCUCUCCCUCGCACCGAUUCGCCCCACUCCUUCAACGAUCUCGAAUCGGACGCUGCUCCGGGACCACAACGCAUGCCGUCGCGCAAGUCGAGCGGAUUCUCGCGCACCAACACCGGACCCAUCGUCACCAACAUGAAUCGUUCCGGCAUGGCUUUCGCCAAUGAAGAGGGCGAAGAGACGCCCAUCGUGCGUCUCAGUCAACAUCAGCUCACGCAUGCCGACUCUGACCCCUCGAGGAUGCUCAUCAACGACCAUUUCCUUGCGGCACCGCAGCAUCGUCACAGAGCUACCAGCCUUCCCGAAGCGCUCGAAGAAACGCUUCCGGACAAUGUGCAGACACCAUGGAACGAGCGGUCCAUGGCAGGUCAGCCCUCACGGCAGCUUCCGCACAACUCGAUGGCGGCAGCGAAUGCCAUGAUGCCCCCGCCGAGACCUCCGACAUUGAUCACCUCCAACCUCAACAACCGCAAUGCAUGGCCCUACCCUUCUCCCAUCCGUUCCGGUCUAUAUCAACCGGGUCUCGAUCUUUCCGGCUGGCUGGCAGAGCCAGUGGUCCCGUCUCCACUGUAUCGCAUGGGUCCCAGCUUGCAUUCGGCCAUCAGCGGCAACUUUGCUGCCAUCUCGCAUUCGCCUGUCGUCGACACACCCAUCUCGGCCAAGUUCGCAGCCUCUCUCGCCCAGACCAUGGGCCUCUCGAUCAAUCCUGGUUUCCUCCCUGCUUUCCAGGAGCAUCCCGCAACCGCCGGCCCAAGCCACUCCUCCACCCAUCCGCUGAGCCGAUCCCUGUCAGAUGCCACCACUCCGCCUAGGUCGCGAUACGACUGCGAUGGUCAGCCCGUCCUGCCUGCACCCCAGUUGCCCAGCGCAAAGCAAUGGUGGAUCCAGCCAGACCAGAACGGCGAGGUCGCUGCCUCGAUUGCUCAGGGUAGUGCCGCCCACUUUGUUUCUUAUCCGGCCUUGAUGGUGCUCACCGAUCCGACCUCGCCCAUCCCGCCCUUCAUCCACCGCAAGUGGCUCCAGGAGAAUCGCGCCCGCGUUCCCGAGUCCCUUGCUAGCGCUCGUUCCAUCCUCGCCGGCUACUACGUUCGUUUGCCGGCCAGCCAAGGCUUUGUCUGGCGACUCAUCUCGGAACAGAUCAGGUCGAUCCUUCAUUCCGAGGCAGAGCUCAAGAAACCUGACUCUGAUCCCGUCGCUGUCUUUGGUGCUGUUGCAUCGCUGUGGAUGUACCUGGUGCUGAUCGUCUUUACCGACGAGUCGGCCAUCACGGAUCAUGUCGAUGCGGGUCUGCUCGACCACGCGCUCUCGGUACUAUCGAGUCUGUCCCAGUCGCUUCUCGCCCACACUGUGGAAGCGUGCAACGCGGCUUCGGGCACGAUGACCCCGAGUCUCGCCACGUUUGGAUGGAUCGAGACCAUGAUCCGCACGCUCUUUGCCUCCUACUCGCUGCUGGUGCUGCAGCGAUUCCGCGAAAACGGAGGCGAUGCACGAGAGCGUCUAGCAGGCUGUUCACUCAUCCUCGACAUUCCUCUCCCGGCUGGCGCUGGCGAGUUCGAGGCCGACAACGAGGCUGACUGGCUGCAAGCCCACCAUGCAAACCAAAACGUCCUCACCGAGGCCGCCGCCCCCUUUGUCCGCCCCACGUUGCGCCAGCUCGUGCAGUUCCGCAAGGACACCUUCGCAGCCGAGUCACAAAGCUCCCAAGCUGAGGCCAAACUGCGCGACCUCCCGUGGGCCGCUACCCUCUUUGACAACCAGGACGAGUUCACCAAUGUUGUUCUCUCGGUCGCCUUUGCUCUCGAUGAUACCCGUGUUUAA